UGUUAGAGUUCUUGCCCCUGAGGCCCUUAGAUGUAGAACACUGUGUUUACACUGCCUCUUCAGUUUCUGUGGCCUUGCGCUGACCAUCACUUCACUGUCCGUACACAGGAAGCCUCUGUUGGUCCAUAGUCCGAGCUGCUUCGUUGUCCACACGACGCUGGAUCGCAGACGAAACAAAGAACGAAGGGAGGACGAAACGCGGACAGGGUUGGGAGGAGCAAUGAACAGUGCACUUACAUUGGUAGAAGAAACAGCAAACUCAGCAUCAAGCAGACGACGUGUUACGCAGCAUAGGCAUGACGUCAGGCGGUGCUACAGUCAGUGAAAAAGACCUCGACCUUUACCCCGUGAACCAGAUAAAAAUAGCCUGGAAUAUGACGUCAGAAGUCGUCUGCUGUCAGCCUGUCUAAUGCCGGUGCGUGCCCAGCGCUGAGAGAAAACACAGAAACAUGGCUGACACGCGAUAGUCAGGGCGGAUCCCUAAGAUGGAUGGGACUCAAUACCAUCUCACCUUUCUCGCUUCUAUCUUAAGUCGGAAAAAGUUCGUCACUUACUCAUAGGAAAGACUGCUGCUGAGUUCAAGGACAACAACACUGACCUUAGUGUUGUGCAGAGAUUGAUUUCACGACCUCGAGUUUCGUACAUUCUGUUGUGUGGUAUGGUUAUGGAGUUCUGGAUCGUGACUGUCAACUCUGUCGGCCUCAUUCCUCUGCUGUAUAUCGUGGGCGCCCCCUGCAACAUUCUGUGCAUCGCGGUCUUCUACCGACUGGGACUGCGCGACCGAAUCAACGUCUGUCUCUUCGCCCUGGCCUUGGUCGACCUCCUCACCAUCACAAUCAUCUUUCUCCAGUCCGUGGAAGAAGGGUACAGAAAACUCAUCGCCUGCACCAACUUUAUCAUUCGAUAUCUUGUGGGUCUGACAGGAUUCACAUGGGCCUCGCAGUUCGUGUCGACCGUGAUCACGUGUGAGCGGUGUUUCUGCGUGGUCAGCCCCUUCAAGGCACAAAGAUACCUCAAGACCUCCACCAUGGCCGCCAUCAUCGCUGUCGUCUGCUUCAUCCUCGUGGGCGGAAUGUGCGCUGUGGCUGGUCACAAGUAUGUCAGUCUUUGCACGAAGGGACCAGCAAUCAGUGACAGCGGGAAGUCGACAUACUUCACUGAAUACUACCUGGACAACAAGAGAAUCUUGGAUAUCAUCGACAUCUUCAUCUACGCUACGGCUUUCCCAAUCAUCAUCCUCGUCAUCAACGUGAUUGCCACGGCAGUGACGACGGUCAAGGUGCGGCAUGCAGCGGCGUGGCGGCUGCACAGCGCCAACAACAACCUCACGCCGCCGCACGGCCCCACAGGCGCAGGUCAAGUCAGGCCACUCUGUCAAGGAAGUGGCCCUCACCAAGAUGCUCAUCGUCACUUCCCUCCUCUUCAUCGUCUGUCUGACUCCCAACGUCAUGGUGCAGAUCGCCAUCUUCCUCGUCAAAGACCUCAGCUACGACGGCAAGUACGCCAACAUGACCUCCGUCCUGUGGACCGCCAUUUCCUUCCUGCGCAUGAUCAACUCCUCGCUCAACUUCUUUGUGUACCUCAAGAUGGGCUCCAGGUUCAGGGAGACAGUGUAUAAGCUGAUUCCGUGCCGAGGUUCAGGACAAACCUAGUUAAACUGCAAUAAACUGUCUUUGUAUACAUUUGUAACUGUGCCUAUCUCUGCUUUUGUUUUUCUGUACCGUGAUAUACUUGUCUCUCUCUUUCUGAGUCGCUCUCUAUGCACCUUGACUCUGUGCCAUUAUGAAAGGGAUGAAGGCAGCUAGGGAGAACUGGAUGGAGAGCCAAUGCCGGGACAGAGAGGAUGGAAUGACACGAGGGACAGCAAGAAAGCCUAUCAACUGCUAAAGACCCUCGCUAAGACAGAUCAGCACAAGAUCUCAGCC